AAAUUUUUAAAAAUGAAUAUGAACCCCAGAGGAGCUUACCAGGCUUCCUACCAACAACGCAACCGUGAAAAGCGUGAGAGGGAAAAGCUUCAACAACAGAACGAUAAGAAAAUGCAACAAAUGCUCAAAUCUAAAUUUGAUAUGCUGCAAAAAUUAGAGGAAGAAGACGGAGAGCUGCAAUUUGAUCCAGAUGUCCCAGAGAAGGUACCUACAGUGAGAGCUCAGCAGCCAGGAAUCAAGAAAACAAAUAGCUUAAAGGGCCCAAUAAAACGGAAAAAUAGUAGUAAAUAAACCAACUGUAGCAAAUCUUAGAGACAAAAAUUCAAAUUCCCGUCAACAAGAUGAUAGACCUGCUGUUGUGCUAACUUCAGGAAACGGCCUGGGACUAUGGUGACAUGCCAAGAAGGAAGCUUCAGUCUCAAUGUACAACGAAGGCUCUAGUAACUCUCAAUUACCUCCUAUUCAAAAUAAGUUGAAUAGGCCAAGAAAAAGUGCGAAUAGCCAAAGGAGACUCACUCCAAAACAGAAGCCAGUAUACAACCCAGAAGUUGACAGAAGAGUUGAAACAAGUAUGGUUCAGAUGCUCGAAAGAAAAGUCACAGAGCUUUCUACAGAACUUGACCGUAUGGAAAUAGAGAAGCAAAAGAUGGAAUAUGAAUACAACAUCAUGAAAAGAGAUAGUGACAAACUCCAAUAUGAACUAGACCAGUUCAAACAGGACAAUGAAACAUUAGUCGAGAAAUCAUACUUGCUCGACCAAAGAGAUAGAGAACUUCAGCAAGUCAAACACGAACUCUCAGUGAUUAAGGAAAGAGAGCAGAAGUUCAAACAAGAUUAUGAAAAUGAAGCACAACAAAGGUCCCAAGAAAAUGCUGAACAUUCCUUCCAAAUCAAUGAGCUUCAAGAGCAGUUGCAAGAGUAUGAAGAUGAGCAUCAGAACUUAAUCAACAAAAUUCGUGAGAUGGAAGCAGCCCAUGAUGAUUUAAACAACAGAGAGGCCUCAGCAUCUAAAAUUUCACCUGAAAAGUCUCCAAUGAGGCCACCUAAAGCUUCAAAAUCCCCAAUCAUGAAUAAGGAUCUGGAUAACUCUCCUCUAAAUGGUACAACGAAGCUUAAUGAUAGGGAAGAAUCUGAAAUAAAUUCAAAAAUAGACCCGAAUGACAUCAAUGAACAAAAAGUCAGGACUCCUGAGCAACAAAUUAUUGAGCUGAAGAAACGCCUAAAGAGAGAUGCUGAUACAAGGAAAUAAAAUGCAAGUAGUCGUUCAACACAAGGAUGAGAACAUUAGAGAGCUAAAGAAGGAAAUAGAGAGUCUUAACACUCAGAUCAAAGAGGAGCAAUCUCAAAGAAAGAGGGUGAGCAACUCCAAAAGCCAGAAGGACAACAGGAUCACUGUACUUGAUAAUAAGCUCAAGGAAGCUCUGACUAAUGAGAAGCAGAUGAAGAAGAAGCUUAAAGAGUAUGAACAGAAAAUUCAAGAACUUGAAGAGGGAAAGAAGAAAACUCCUAAAAAGAAAGAAGUCAAAGAUACAGGGCCUAAAUUGUUUGGAGCCAAUGAAGAUGCACUGAUCGAUGCUCUAUAUGCCCCAACAAUACCCUUAGCGAACAAUCCUCAACUAAGGCAAAAUCAAGGAGUUGAUCAGUUUGGACACCAUGAUAUUCCUCCUGCUAGGCCUAAGCAAGAGGAAGAAAUAGUUCCAGUGAAAAAGAUCCAAGACAGCUCCAUCAAAGGACCUUUAUUCGGUAGUUCUCCUGAUUCUUUCGGAUAUGAAAACAUUCCACCAGCAAGGCAUGCUGCUAACAAAGAUGAAGAAGUAAAGAAGGUUCAUUUCCCUGAGAACCUUAAUAUGCAUGAGAACUCCUCAGCUUCUUCUCUGGACGAUGGUGAAAUCCAGCCUGUGAAAGCCCAGCCCUUCCUGUUUGGUCCAGGAGGCCAAACAGAUGAUUUAGAUGAAAUAAAUUUCCCCACAGAUGGCCACUUGCAGAAGCAAAUUAAUAUCUAG